AUGGAGAAUCCUCCAACCUCAGUAAAAGAAAUAAUUAAUGCAAAUAACAUCCAAAAUGCCAAAAAAUGCAAAGCAGUACUGUGGAUCCAUAUUCAUGCAAUUUACGAAAUUUGGCAUUGGUUUACUCAAGCAAAAUGGGGCAAUAACCUAAUAUCAGACAAUAUAAUUAGCAAUAUAACAAAUAGUAGACUUAGAAAAGAAAUUAAA